UCGAGAGAAGAAGAAGUUGAAGAACGCUUUUGUAAUUGUUGAUGGUUGUUGUUGCAUAAGCAGUUGCCUGCUAGUGCCAACAUGCUCAUGCAAGCUGAAUUGCCGUUGCACCAUAGCGCAUUGUGGAUUAUGAAUUUGUGAACUAAGCAAAACAGCAGUUUUCCAACGCCAUGAACGGACGAUUACGCCAUUGCUGUGGUUGGUGGUGAAGGAAGAAAAAGCUGAAUUAUUGGGAACGUAAAUAUGAAAGUGGCAUCUUACUUUGGGAUGUAUUUUCACCCGGAGUUGGCGCGAAGGUUCACCAGUUCGAAGACAUUUUUGCCCAUAUUUUGCACUAACUUUUUAAGGAUGUGUUCGAAAAUCUUAACCGAAUCUCCAGUAAAGAUCCCUCCUUCAGAAGAACCUAUCAUUGACCUCCAGAAAGGAUGUAAUCUCCUUGAUCCAGCUGUGAAGAAUCUAUUGGGAAGAUCCCCAUCUUCUUCACCCUUGAAACAUGGUGUGGAAGGACCCUCUGGGAUGUCAUUGUUGCCUGCAUCAUUGCUUCUUCAAAGAAGUUUUGACUUGAUGGCUUCCAAAGCAUCCUCUGAAAGCAAAAGAAAAUCAAGACCAUUUACAGUUUCCAUUGAAGGUAACAUUGGUAGUGGUAAAUCAACCUUCCUUCAUCAUUUUUCUGCGCUUCCAGGUGUAGCAACUUACCAAGAACCAUUAGGCUUGUGGACUAAUCUCAAAGGUCACAAUCUAUUAGGAAAAUUAUACGAAGAUCCACAGCGUUGGAGUUUCCUCUUUCAGUCUUAUGUUCAACUUACUCGCUUAGAUAUUCAUCUUCAAGAUACUAACUGCCCCGUCAAGUUAAUUGAGAGAUCUCUCCAAAACAACAGGUAUUGUUUUGUAGAAAGUGGUUAUGAUUGUGGUCAUCUCCAAGGUGUAGAAUACAGCAUCUUGUGUGAAUAUUUUGAUCUUUUAGAGUCACAGUUGGAUAUUGGCAUUGAUCUUAUUGUAUAUCUGCGGUCUACUCCAGAGGUAGUUCACGAUAGGAUGCUGAAAAGAGGCAGAUCUGAAGAAGCUGGAGUCCCUCUAGAUUAUCUAAAACAAGUGCAUGAGUAUUAUGAAAGAUGGCUUCUUCAACACAAGCCACGAUCCCCUCCAGCUCCUGUACUGGUUAUUGAUGCAGAUAAAGAUUUGAAUGAAGUAGUGAAAGAAUAUGAAGAGAAAAAAUCUUUUAUAAUGGGAGAGAAGCCAAUUAAGCACCCUGUCAGUGAAGAGAGAUGAGAAGUAAUCAAAUUGUUAUUUUCUUUCCCUCUCAUUUUAAAGUCAGCAUAAAUUGUAGUUUACUUCAUAUGUUACUCUUAAAUUCCAGAUAUUGGAUAGUGAGUAUUUUUGUUUGAAUAAUGUUAUUUUGAAGUUGCAUGUUUUUAGUUGACAGGAAAUACCUGGAGCCAAAAUAGGUGACAGAAUAUUGUAGUAGUAAUCUCAAAAAUGCCACUAAUACUUACCACCGCUUACCACUUCCACCUGCAUUCACAUGAGGACUAGAUAUAUUGAACAACAAUGAUGAUGCAUCUCUUACUGUCCAGUUAUUACAUUUAUACAUGGAGAGGACACACGGUAGACAAAUGUUAAAAACUAAACUAUUGCAUUAUUAUAAUUCAUUCUAUAAGUGGAGAUGGAUCAUCAGGAUCUUCACCCUCCUUAUCACUAUGUUUAUAAGGAGGAGGAGCUGGUCUCAGAGCAUCUGUGAUUGCAGGGUU